AGUGUCCUGUUAGGCUCUGUACAUGGUGACGCAGCUCCAAACCAGAAGCAGCAGUACAAGGUUGAGCGACACAUUUUGGGAUCUGUCGGAGUGUGUCUGUGUAUUUUUAGAGUGAACAUCCAGUGUGUUCACUUUUGUAGCGGACGGCAGCAUCAUGGCGUCUGGAGGUCCAAUGAUGAACGGUGACAUUUCUCGUGCUCCCAGUCAGUCAGGAACUCUGGAAGAAACUCUGCUGCAGAUGAAUGUCCUCAUCCAGGAGAACCGAGACCUGAAAGAGGCCUUGCGUCAGACCAAUCUGACUAUGAAGGAACGUUUUGAAGGUCUGUCUGCAUGGCGAGAGAAGCAGCGGGAGGAGCGGGACUUCCUGGAGGCCAGGCUAGAGGAAGCACGUGGUCGCAUGGAGGCACUUACAAUUCAAAACCAGGACCUCAGUAAGAAACUGGAGGAGACGGUGAGGACUGGAGGAGCACAAGGAGGAGUGCAGAGCUCAGAACUUGAUGCCCUGCGCGCUCAGGUGGCUCGCCUGCAGGCUGAGAAGAAUGACUUGGUGGCCAUGAAUUCUGAACUGCAGCUUAAGGCUGACCAAGACUCUCGGGAAGACUCCUUCAUUGAGGUCAUCACAGUCACGGAUGGUGGCACAGAUGGUGUGAGCGACGUCUGUGGUGCUGAGCGUAGCAGACGCUUGGACUUGAGCAUGACGGCGUCCCGGCUGGACAGUGAAGAAGUGACGGUCAGCCAGCUGCUCCAGUCCCUGAGGAAUGAGACACAGAGGGCCGAGCAGCUGCAGGUGGAGCUGCAGACUUCUACAGCCAGAAUAAGAGAGCUUGAGGUAAAGAAGAGCAAUGUGGAAAAAUCAACACAGACUUCACAGCCAGAAGAGACCAAGGAGGCUCCUGGGAAGGAGGAGAAGGCAACGUCUGAGGUGGAGAAUCUGAAGUCUCAGAUGAUGACUCUAUUCAAAGAGCUGCAGCAGGCCCAGAGCAAGCUAGAUGAAGCAGAAGGCAUGAAGAAGAACUUGCAGGACAGGUUAUGCUCAAACACUCACACAUACAGUACAGUGGUAAAUGUUAGUGUCCAUUUCAGUAUUUCCUCUUUGAAGAUGCUGGCAUGCUUCUUCUUAAUCAGGAAAUGGUAUUUUCUUCCUUUAUACAGAUGUCGGGAGGUGGAGCAAGAUGUGGCGACUCUGAAGGCUCAGCUGGUGGAAAAACAGGCUAUUCAGACAGAGAAUGACCGGUUGAAGUUACAGGUGGACAGCAUGCAGGCCCAAAGCCUGAUGGAGCAGAGGAAGGCUGGAGAAGAGAGGAGCAACAUGGCACAGCUGAAGGAUGCCUACACCAAACUUUUUGAAGACUACAAUGAGCUAAAAGAAGAGAAGAAAAAAAGAGAGUCUCAGCUGGUGCAGAAGGAGGUUGUGGAUGAACUGCAGCAUCGUCUGACCGCCGCUGAAGAGGCUCUAGCUGCCAAACAGGAACGGAUUGAUGCCAUGAAGCAGGAGAUUUACCAAAAGGAGAAGGAGCUGGAGACCAUAUCUGUGUUCCAGGCUCAGGCGGAGGUGUACUCCUCUGACUUCUAUGCAGAACGGGCAGCGAGGGAAAAGCUCCAUGAAGAGAGGGAACGUCUGGCUGCUCAGCUGGAAUACGUCAAGAAGCAGAACAGUCAGCUUCAGGAUGAGAUGGAAUCAAUGGGCCGGCGAUCUCUGAAUGAGAUGCAGAGGAGGCAUGUGUCACUUGGGGGAGGUCCACACGGAGCUGGUGCAACUUUAGUUGGGAGAGGUGGCGACUGGCAGAGCAAUAUUCCUGAGCACGCCUGUCCAAAGUGCAACGAGAUCUUGCCAGACUUGGACUCCUUGCAGAUCCACAUUAUGGACUGUAUCAACUAGACCUCAGCGUCAAUCUAAGCAUCUACAACAUGUACAUUUGCACCUAAAUCAGAGUCUUCCUCUGCUUUGUCCUAUACCUCUUUUCUGAUCCUUGUGACAGCACUCCUCAGACCCCUACAGGACUAUACUAUAAACUUUAGUCAACAGAAUAUUACAUAUGAUGAUAGGAAACACCCUCUGUACUGUAGCUUUUUGCCCUGUCAUUUGGCACAUAUAUAUGUUUAUUUCCGUAAUGAAAGAAAAAAAGUAAAACAAUAUUUAAUCUGUGAAAACCCUUUGAUAAGAUUAUUAUAACACAGCCUUAUAUGCUGCAUUACAAAGACAACAAAUGCAUUCCCAAUUCAGUGUAUUUGUUAUGUUUGGAGGGGGUUCUUAUCAAAACAAAAUCAAAUACUUUCUAUAUUUUGCUUGGAAAGGAUGUUGUACUUGCUAGUGAAAGGCUGAUAAAAGAAGGAGCUUACAUCAUAUAGGCACUUUAAUACCGAGAUAUAUAUUUUAUUUGGAUUCUGCAAAUUCUUCUGUCAAUAUAUUUAACUUGUUUUUCAACUUUUACACAGUGCAGCACCCCUUGUAUUUUAUGUGUACAUGCAGAGGGGUCAAUCUGCUGGUUCUAUACUAUUGAUUGUAAGUCUUUUGGUUCCAUGUUGUAAUUCUUGAAUGAAAAAAAUAAAAUUUAGUUCAUUUCAGUCUGCUUUUA